CCGCGAGCCCGCGCCCCGCCGCCCCGGCCCCGCCGCAGGAUGCGCGCCCCGCCGCUGCUGCUGCUGCUGGCCGCCUGCGCGCCGCCGCCCUGCGCCGCGGCCGUCCCGACGCCGCCCGGCUGGGAGCCGCCGGCCGACGCUCCCUGGUGCCCCUACAAGGUGCUGCCCGAGGGCCCCGAGGCGGGCGGCGGGCGCCUGUGCUUCCGCAGCCCGGCGCGCGGCUUCCAGUGCCAGGCGCCCAGCUGCGCGGCGCACCCCUCGGCCAGCGACUCCCUGCGCGCUAGCGUCCUGCGCAACCGCAGUGUCCUGCUGCAGUGGCGCCUGCCGCCGGCCGCCGCGCGCCGCGUGCGCGCCUUCGCGCUCAACUGCUCGUGGCGCGGCGCCUACACGCGCUUCCCGUGCGAGCGCGUGCUGCUGGGCGCCGCCUGCCGCGACUACCUGCUGGCCGACGUGCACGACGGCGUGCGCUACCGCCUGUGCCUGCAGCCGCUGCCGCUGCCGCUGCGCGCCGACCCCGCCGCCGCCGCCGCCGCCGCCCCGGAGCCCGCCGGCCGCGCCGAGUGCGUGGAGUUCGCCGCCGAGCCGGCCGGCAUGCGGGACAUCGUGGUGGCCAUGACGGCGGUGGGCGGCUCCAUCUGCGUCAUGCUCGUGGUCAUCUGCCUGCUGGUGGCCUACAUCACCGAGAACCUCAUGCACCCGGCCUUCGGGCGCCCGGGCCUGCGCCGGCAGCCGUGAGCCGCUGGAGCGUCUCCCGACCCCCGCCCGGACCGGCUCCACACCGGCUCGACGCGGGGCCUGCUGGAGAGGGCCGAGAAGUGCCCGGGUCAUCGCGCCCCUUUCCCGGCGCCGCAGCCGCCUCCCAGCCCCCGGCCCGAACUGGCCCUGGGGCCCGAGCUGAAGCGCGGGGCGCGGCCGGGGCGCUUCCUGCUCUCACUCCAGAGGCUCUUAAGGGGGCGGGGAGCGGCGACCCCUCCUCCGCUGCUUCUUCACCGCGCGCUUACCGGCUCGAGGGGGACCCUCGGAGCCGGUGUCCCCGCGUCACCCCAGCGGGCUUAGGUUAGCUUCGUGCCUUAGUAUGGGAACCCUUGCAGCCGCCCCUGUGCUCUGCCUUCCCAGGGCGCCCGUGGCCCCAGCGCUGGCCUCGCCGCCCCGCAGGAGGCCCCUCCGACCUCGCGGGUGUUGCUGACGCGAGUGUGACGAGCCUGCAGGCGAGGCCUGGCCCAGCGCGAGCCGGUGGGAGUCGGUGCAGGCCGCGGGCAGCUCCCGCUGUCCCCCGUGCGCUCGCGCUGCGGUCCAACGUGCGGGAGUGGGCGGGCGAAGGGCAGCGCCACCUUCGCGGUCGGGGCUGCAGCUUAGGUAGAUGCCCCGGGCCCGUCGACCCCCGCUCCGUGGACUGGACGCCCCGCGCGGGCCGAACGAGCCCCCGGAUAGACACGUGGCACAGGGUCCCUGGGCUCUGGGCUCCGCCCUCGUCCUCUUGCUGCGGCCGUUAGCGCCCCCAGCGCGCUCCCUACCUCUGUCCCGUGACUUUCCCCCGCCCGCCCCGCUGAGCCUGUGUCCAUAUCCACACGUCCAUCGUCCUCAGACCGA